AUGGACAUCACAGAAGAUAUUGGAAGAUUGUGGAGGGCUAAUAUGCAUCGAAUACUUGAUAUUAAAAGUAGGAUACUUGCUAAAAAAAAACCAACAACUAAUUUAGAUUAUGAUACCUAUAAGGAAAAAACUCUAGUAGCGUUGAUUACUGGCGGUAGUGGCGGGUUAGGUCUUGAGAUUGCCAUUGCGUUGGUACAGCGGUAUAAGAGUGUCAUUGUUGCUAUUGUUGACGUAGUACCACCAAAAAAGCAGCUUGUGAAACAGUACCCAAAUAUAAUACACUAUCGUUGUGAUAUCACAGACUCAUUUCAGGUUGCUCAUAUGAAAAAGAAAGUUCUACUAGACUUUGGUAAAGUUAAUAUUUUGGUGAACAAUGCAGCUAUUACGAUCAUCAAACAAUUGACUGAUAUGACUGAGGCAGAGAUUCAAAGAGUCAUAAAUGUAAACUUAAUUGCAUCGUACCACUUAGUGUCCAUGUUUGUACCUGAAAUGUUAUACACUAAAAAUGGAUGCAUAAUCAAUAUUGCUUCUGUCUUAGGUGAAUUGACACCUUCUCGUCUCAUUGUCUAUGGCGCUACAAAAGGUGGAUUAAUUGAAUUACACAAUUAUUUAAAUCAACAGAUCAAUGCACAUAAUUCGUAUGCAUACAAUCGAAGAGGACUGAAAGCAAUUUUAGUAUGCCCAGGUAAAAUAUCUACAACCAUGUUUAAGGAUGUUGACACGCCUUCAAAGUUUCUAGCUCCAGACCUACCACCUAAUGAACUUGCAACUGAGAUUAUAAAAACUGUAGAUAGUAAAAUAUCCUCUACACUGAGAAGACCAUACUAUUCUGGCUUAAUUCCCUAUAUAAAAAUACUUAAUCAAUCGUAUUUGGACCUUCUCAAGAACCUUAGCGGGAUGAAUAGGGUUACCAAGCUUAAAAAAAAAAUGCUGUAA